CCACGGACGGCCACUUGGGAGCGCGCAUCGUAGGUGUACUAACGACUCCUAUUCCCGCCCCGCGGCAUCGACAGAGCUGUUUUCAUAGGCGGAUACAUUAGGCGACUUUUUGUCUCCAUAGCAACGCGUUUGCCAUCUCUAGCCGCAGCAGCAAAGCAUCUCGUUCACCUUCUUUACCUCUUGUGUUGGCACACUGAGCGACGUGUCCCCCGUCGGGGCUUAGGAGCGAGGGAGGGCGCUCUAAUAUGGGCAUUUGGUGCGGAAAGAAGCUGAGGGGAGUGUUGGGUUGAAGGGCGCGGAAUUCAUGAGAUGCUCUGUGAUGGAAAAAAGAAUACGUGAAUAUCGAAUUCUUUGAGAAAAAAAGGAAUUUACUACAAAAUUAUGGUUCGACUAACAUUGGAGCUGAUUGGUAAAAGCCUCAAUCAAAAGAAUCGCAGAGAUGAGUCCUUGGCCCAGCACUUGAGGAAAACAACUCAUCUCAAGUUAUCAAAUAAAAAUAUAGAUAUAAUUGAUGACCUCUCUUUGUGUAAAAACCUUAAUGUCCUUUAUUUGUAUGAUAACCAAAUUAGACAAAUACAUAACUUGGAAUUUGCUUCAAACCUAAGACACCUGUACCUGCAGAACAAUUGCAUUACACGGAUUGAAAAUCUGGCAUCAUUAAUAAAACUUGAAAAAUUGUAUCUCGGCGGCAAUUACAUCACUGUAGUGGAGGGCUUAGAGACUUUAGACGGGCUAAGAGAAUUACAUGUUGAAAGCCAGCAGCUUCCCCUAGGAGAAAAGCUCUUGUUUGACCCAAGAAGUCUUCAUUCACUAGCGAAGUCUUUAUCAGUUUUGAAUAUCAGCAAUAAUAAUAUUGAUGAACUGAGUGAUUUAGCCAUUCUGGAAAAUAUCUCCCAUCUCAUAGCUGUUGAUAACCAACUUCACCAUGUGAAGGACUUGGAGUUUGUGCUGGGUGUGUGGACCAAGCUGUGCAAAUUAGAGCUGAAUGGGAAUCCUGUUUGCCACAAACCAAAAUACAAGGACAGAGUUAUACUGCAGUCAAAAUCUCUUGAUUCACUUGAUGGAAAAGAAAUAAAGGAAAUGGAAAGACAAUUCCUGAUGAAUUGGAAAGCAUCCAGAGAUGCAAGGAAGAAAAACAGGACAGAAAGCGCAAUGAAUGAGCAUGCAUCAUAUUCACAUUUUGAUGAUAAUGACACAGAACAUCCUCAUUUUCCUGUUUACUACUUCCCAGUAGCCAAAGAAAAACCAAAUUUUGCUAUUUUGUCUGAGGUACAUAGAUCUCCUUCUAGUAAAGAAUCCCAACCAACAGUUCAUGAAGAAAACAGAGUUAUUGAGAAAAUCAGCCAUUCAACCUUGAGGAAUCCUCAAAAUGUACAGAAAGAUCUAUUUGAACCUCACCUCCUUAGACAAAUGCCUCUGUAAGAAGACAGUGGAAAAGCAACAUCUUUUUGUGCUAUCAGCAUAACAAAUGGAGUUCAUCAGAGCCAGCUAUGAGGAAAAGUUGAAUAUAUGAAGAGUUUUGUAUUUUAAUCAAAAACCACUAAAGCCUAUUUUAACAGUUUUUCAUUGCUAACAGCAAUUUUUCAUUAAA